AUGUUCUCCAAGUCGGCUCUUGCGGUUGCUGCCCUCCUCGGCUCCUCCCUUGUUGAUGCUCACAUGCUCCUUGUCAACCCUGAACCCUACAACUUCAAGUCAUGGGACAACUCUCCCCUCGCAGCAGACGGCAGCAACUUCCCUUGCAAGGAAACUGACUACACUAUCACCAAAGAGAACCAGAUGAGCAAGGGCCAGCCCCAAAAGCUCGAGUUCAAAGGCAGUGCAACUCAUGGUGGUGGCUCUUGUCAGAUCAGUAUCACAUCGGACCGGAAGCCCACCAAGGACACGAAAUGGAGCGUCAUCAAGUCAAUCGAGGGUGGUUGUAUGGACCCCAACGAAGGCGAAUCCAACGGUGGAGGCGGCGCAGGCUCGACGAGCUCCUUCACACCUAGUUUCACCAUUCCCGAUAGUUUCGAGGACGGCAAAUACACUCUCGCUUGGACUUGGUUCAACCGCAUCGGGAACCGUGAGAUGUACAUGAACUGCGCCCCGAUUACCCUAGGUGGGAGUUCCUCUUCGAAGAGGUCCGACGUGACUGCUGUCAAGAAGCGUGCUGAAGAUUACCCUCCUAUGUUCAUCGCCAACAUCAACGGUUGCCAAACGAAACACAACUCUUCUCCUCGUUUCCCCAACCCCGGUGAUGAUGUUGAGUCUAUCAAUAAGGCCAACCUGAUCGCAGACGCCAGCAGUGUCUGUGACACUGGUUCGCCUACCUGGGGAGGUGAUGGCAUGAGUGGUGGUGGUGGUGGCUCUGCUCCUGAGCCUACUUCUGCAGAUGGCGGUGGUGGAUCCGAACCAACACCCACCCCCUCAGUCAGCGUCGGAGGAGCUGCCGGUGCCGCACCAAUCCAAACCGGACAGACCACUGAGGCACCUGCCCCCGUUGCUCCCACCGCUUCAUCGACCUUCGUGUCUUCUCCUGCUGCUCCAACCGCCGCCCCAACCUCAAGUCCCGGUGGCUCUUCAGGAUCUACCGAGGGUGCUCUCUCCGGUGCCUGUACCGACGAGGGUGCCUGGAACUGCGUUGGAGGGUCCUCCUUCCAGCGCUGCGCCAGCGGCCAAUGGACGGAAGCCCAAGCCUUGUCGGGUGGCACUCAGUGUACCCCUGGCCAGAACGCCGACUUCGCUGUCAAGGCUGUCGAGGUCAAGUCCCGCAUGCUCAAGGAGAAGCGCCGACGCCUGCACGGUCACAACCACGCAUAG